AUGGUUCAGCUUUAUGGGUCAUCUGCUGGUCAUAUGCUAAAGUCUGCACCACGCCAGACGUUCCUGCCUGUGCCUAAGUGUGAGGACGGGACGUCAGUUCCGACAACGUUCUCUGAGACCAGCAGUCUGCUCCUGUUGAUACUGGUGGAGACCCUUGAAGGUCCGGAACAAGUUAAACCGGUGAAGUUCCGGCAUCAGGAUGACGUCAUUGACAAAGACGUCGUGGACGAAAGGAGGAAGUUGGAAGGCGCCUACCAGUACCGCCACCUGUCGGACGAUGACAGAGAUCUGGUGGAUAAUCUCCUCUUUGGGACUCUCCCAAUGGAGCAGAUCCCACGGCCAAAAUCUAAGGUCGUCAAAAUAUUCAUCAGCUCCACGUUUACAGACAUGACCCAGGAGCGGAACGCUUUGGCAGAAACAGUGUACCCCAAGCUCCGCCAGUACUGCAGACACAAGCAUGGUUUGGACUUCCAGGCUGUGGACAUGAGAUGGGGUGUUCCUCCUGAAGCCAGCGACGACCAUACCGCCGCCUACCACUGCCUCGCUGAGCUAAGGCACUGUCAGGAGCUGUCGAUUGGACCCAAUUUUGUGGCUUUCAUGGGUCAGCGGUACGGGAGUUGCCCCCUACCGGCUGCCAUUAUCAGAGCAGAGUUCGAAGCCAUCCGGGAAAACCUUGAUCCAUCUAGUGAUGACGUCAAGCUUCUAGACAAGUGCUAUCUAAAGGACCAGAACUCGCUCCCAGCUGUAUAUAGAUUGCAACCCGCUAGUAAAAUAAAAGAAACGACUGGACGGCUGUGGAGCAGUAUAGAGGGGGACAUACGGGAGGUGUUAUAUCGAGGAGCUCAGAAGGCCGUGGACGCCUCAGAACUCUCCAAAGAAUCAUUCAGGCUUCUCAAAGCUUCAGGUGUGUGUUGGAUGAACCUCAUUGGCUGCUUCCUUCUUUCAGUGACAGAGCAGGAGAUCUACCAGGGUCUGAUUAACAUCGCCAGGGAGAAAGACCGCCAAGCCAACUGUCUGCUCUACUUACGCGAUAUAGAAGGACUUGGUACAGACAGCGAUCCUAUGAUCGCCAGACGCUUCAUGGACCUCCAUCCGGACACCUUACAUCCAAACGAGGCUGCAGCCAUGGCUCUGAAGGAGCUGAGAGAAAAAAGUUCAAAGAAGGUGAACAACCAAAACAUGUUGAAGAUGUCUGUGACGUGGGAGAAAGAUGGAAUAGGACCUGUCACCCAUAGGGACUACAUACAGACGCUGUGUAAUCACUUCUAUUCCACGAUGAAGCUCCUUGUGGAUCGGAACAUGACAAAGAGGAACAAACUCCAGGACGAUGAUCUCUAUAAUGAAGUGGUUCAGCAUUGGACAAUUGCUAUAAACAGAUGUCAAACCUUUGUCGGGAGAGCUCCUAUGCUUCAGAACAUUAGGGGGUACCUGGAAGCACAAACAGAUCAAGCCCUUGUCGUCCAUGGGGAAUCUGGCAGCGGAAAGACUUCACUGAUGUCCAAGGCUGUUUCUAUGGUCAGUGGUGUGGUUUCUCGUAAUGAGAACGAGAUAAAGAUGAUGACCGUGGUCCGGUUUGUUGGGACCACGCCUGAAAGUUCCUCGAGUCACCAGCUGUUGUAUUCUGUGUGCCACCAACUUGCGUACAUCAGUAAACAACACAGAUCCGACGUCCCCGAGGAUUAUACCAGCCUGAAGCUGUACUUCAGGGACGCUGUACAGAAAGGCAAUUUCAGUGGAGUUGUGAUUAUAUUCCUUGAUGCUUUAGACCAACUAUCUCCAGCAAACGGGGCGCACACCUUGGACUGGCUUCCAUCAAGACUUGCCCCAAAUGUGAAGAUGAUUGUGUCCACGUUGCCAGAGAAACAUGGUAUUUUGGAGAAAUUGCGGAACAAAAUUGACCAUAACUUCUUAGAAGUGACACCUCUUCCUCAAACAGAUUGCAAGCAGGUGAUGAGGGCUCUACUGGAACAUUCGGGAAGGGCGAUUUCUUACCCUCAGUGGAGAAUAGUUGAAAAAGCCUUCACCUAUUGUACAUUACCUCUAUUUAUCACACUGACCUUCCAAGAAGCCAUUAGAUGGAACUCCUAUGAUGUCCUCCCCGCUGACGCCCUCCUACACACUGUAGAGGCAAGCAUCAACCGAUUGUUCGACAGGCUGGAGAAGACAUAUGGAAAAGUGUUUGUUUCUAGAGCUCUAGGAUACCUCACAGCUGCAAGGAAUGGCCUCAGUGUGUCUGAACUUGAUGAUAUCUUGUCCCUGGAUGAGGAUGUCCUGAACAGCGUCUUCACCCUCUGGGAACCGCCGAUCAGGAGGAUUCCUUCCAACCUGUGGCCACGUCUCUACCUGGACAUUUCCUCUUUCCUUGUUGAACAGGAGGCUGAUGACAUUGUGGUUCUGUCCUGGUAUCAUACCCAAUUUGUCCGGGCGGCGAUGACAAGGUAUUUGUCAAAUGUUGAUGAAUGCACACUCAUACAUAAAAACAUUGCUGAGUAUUACCUUGGAACUUGGAGCGGUACAAUGAAAAAACCCUUUAUGUAUCAGCAAAGAUUGAUGACACGACUGAAAAAGACAGACCCAUUCAGCGCAGCCUGCAGACAUGUUCCUGAGCAGCCUCUGAUCUUCAAAAUCAGUGAAACCUCUGAGAGAUACAACCUGCGCAAAAUGAACCAGUUGCCAUACAGUCUUGCUCAGAGUGAGCAAAUUGAACGUCUGAAGAAGGAAUGCUUUUGUAACUUUGACUGGCUGUAUGCCAAGCUUAAGGCAGUAUCCCUGCAGCAGAUUCUAGGUGACUUCUCAAUGUUCCACGACAGAGAAACAUGCUUUGUAGCUGAUGCACUCCGUAUGUCUGGAUCCGCUCUCAAGAUUGACCCAAACGCUCUCGGUCCAGAGAUCUCGGGUCGCCUUCUACCUCACAUCCACAAUCAUCCGAUUAUCAGAGAUCUGGUGAGACAGUGCGAUCUAAGAUCUCAGCACCAAUGUCCCUUGGUGCCACACUUCCAGAUCUAUAGCGUGCCAGGAGGUCCUCUGCAAUACGAAUGGGAGAUAGACGGAACAAUCCGGUCAUCAGUAGAUGUUGAUGUCUUCAACAGUCCUGAUGGUAUUCUAAUGACUGCUAAACCAUACUACAGCAAGACCUUGAAGGUGUGGGAGUUAACACAAGGAGAACCACGACAAGACAUGCAGAUGCCCAUUGGGGAGAUACAUCCAAGUAAAGAUGGAAAAUAUCUCAACAUCUUCUCCAGGAAUCGCUUUGUGACAAUUUACAAAUCUGACUGCGGAGAGGUCCAUGCAAAUGUGGACUUUGGUUAUGGUGAAGUUGCCUGUGUGAAUAUAUCCAAUCAAUACAUUGCCUUCACAACACGACAUAAUGCAAGCCCUUGUGUUAUAGACAUUGCCAAAGGAAAGGUUCUACAUAGAUUCUCGUGUAGAAGCAAUGCAGUGGCCAUCGGUCCAAAAGAAAGAUACAUAGUGUUCAAUGCAGACAGGAACAUUAUGCUGUACUCUCUCCCAUUAAUGGAAAGGAAAUGUGUAGGUCAGUCCAACGAUGAACCAAUGCAGAUUGCUUUUAUUGACACACAAAUGAAGUGCUAUAUCCUCACUAAAACAAGACUCCUGCAAAGUAUCCAUUUUGACGUUGUGAACAAAGUCUCAAGCACUGCUGGUAUAGUUGAGGAUAUGCAGAUCAAGGAAUUUAAGGUCUCACACCUUGAGCAUAUGAUUCUUGUCCGGAGUUCCCGCUGUUUGUAUCUUGUUGACACAGACACAGAGACAAUCAAACAUAGGCUGCAAAGGAUGCCUCCUGGAGUGUUCGUGAAGACAAUGACGUCUUUCACAGGAGCAGGUUUCACGCCAAAGGAUGACCUUGUGGUGGCCUCAAGGGACACUUACAUUGCGGUGUGGGAGACAGAGACGGGGACACCGCUCAGACUUCUUCAAGCCGCUGUGUCACCUAUAGUGAAGAUCUUCACUUCAGAUACUUUGAACAAGGCAGUGUCCCUGCUCAGCGACAACACUCUUCAAGUGUGGGAUCUUAACAAUUUGGAUGCCGAUGUUCAACAUUCUAAUGAAGUCUUGACAACUACAGUGAGGUCUGUGGCAGUUUCAUCCUCCACUAAGAGAGUUCUAUGUCAUGGGACUAGAUACCCAGAGGCCAAAAUACUUGAUAUUGAAACAGGAAAAAUUAAAGGAGUUCUCCAACAUACCUGUGAUCUUGAAGACAAAAUCUUAGAGUGCGAGUUAUCUCCUUUGGGAUUGUUUGCUGUAACAAAGGCUCAUCUGGCUGAAAAAGGAGAACACAGCAAAGAGUUCAAGACCAUUCUCACUGACGACAUUGUGUGGAACAUGAGCACUCAAGAAAAGGUCCACCACGCACCAUCCAGCAGGUACAUAUUAUUCAACUCCAUCAAUUCCAUCAUAGCAGCUGUCCAGUGCGUGUUCUACAGUUCCAUUGACUGGACAUGCAACACGUAUCACGUGAAGGUGAUUCAGCCAGACUUGAUGGACGAGGAACCGCCUGAAUUCUCAAUCCCAAUGAUGUCCGAGUUUGUCUGCAAGCCAGUGCUAUUGUCUGUGAGAAAGGGUCUGGGUGUAUUCAAUGCCUUCUAUACAGUCUUGCAGUUCUGUGAAAAGGAAAUAAAUCCUGUGACGAAGGUAGAGCAGUCAAGGAGCUUCUAUAUGAAACUCUACAUGCGGACUCUUUUGGGCAAACAAACGGAAGAGAAGAUUCUAUGUGUCAAAGACUUUCUGAAGCAUGCUGACCCAAAUGAUCAGUUUGUGGACGUACGGAUUAUUGAUGGGAACAAGCUCCUGAUCAUGUAUUCGAAGGAUCCUGUAACAGCUUCCUUUGAUAAAGAGUCAGGACUUGUUCUCUCAGAAGCUUCGCACAAGGCUGCUAUAGUGUAUGACCCUGAAAAGGAAAGCGUCAUUCGACACCUUCUCCACAUCGCGAAACCAGACUGUAUCCUCAGCCUAACAGUUAUCUCACGUCUUAGUUCAAUUUUAGUUGAUGAUCAGCUCAGAGUCUUUGACCAUCAUGAAAACAAACUGCAAACAGAGAUAAACACAAAAUUUGCUGCAAGAUGUCACAGACUUGCCCUUGAUGGCGCUUACAUCAUAGGAAUAUCUCAUGAUUUACGUUCAGUAAUUGUGGUGCGAUCUGUUGACGGCGAACAAAAGGGCCGUCUGUUUAUCCAUGGGAAGGCAACUUGUAUCGAAGUCGCUGAAGAUGAUCGGACGGUUGUGGUAGGCUGUUAUGAUGGUCGGGUGAUGAUUCUUAGCCUCGUUCUGGAACUCAGUGAUCCCGUGACUGAGCUAAUUGAUAAACUCCCAAGUAGGAUUCCACCCAUUGGCCAUCGAGAGCCAUUGGUCAAUGGAGACAUCAGACAUAUGCAGCAGUCGUUACCAGAAAUGACUCGACUUGCUCUCAAGUUGAAAGAAGAUCAAGAAAGGCAUGCUAGACGACAAACGUCCUUCAGAGCUCUUGCCACAAGUGUCACCGCCAUUAACAAAGUACGCAUGAGGUCCACGGCGUGUUCUAUACAAUAA